CAGCCGUAAGUGUUGAAUGUGGUGAUUUUCUAGAGUUUCAGGUAUUUCUAUCGUAAAUGAAUAUAACACAAAGGACAUUAAAUAUCAAUUUUCUCAAUUUUAAUUAAAUUGCAUUAACUAAUAUUUGAUGAAUGGAUUCAUUGCAAAAGAUGCGACAAAUCGAUGACAAAAUUAUUUAUAUGUUGAACACAACAAUUCCAACAGAAUCUUUUAAAAGCCAGAUUGAUCCUACUGUGACAUGUAAAGAUUUAUUUGAACAAAUUCAAUCAGGUCAUAGAAAAAGGGAAUUAGCUAUUACAAGAUGUUUAAAUGGCACAAAGGAAAGAGUAAAACACUUAAGGAACCAGAGAGACAAUGGUAAUGAGAGUCCACAGCUUCUUAAGACAUUGAGGAAGGAGCAAAGUACUUUGCGAUUAUUACAAUCAGAGUUAAAUGUCGAAGAGGUUGUAAAGAAACGUACAAUUCAAGUAUAUUACGAAAGAUGCCGUAGUUUUUAUAAGCCACCAAACAUAACAACUUAGUAUUGUAU